UGCACAGAGCAAAAUAUUAUGUUGCUUUGUUUACGAAUAGUUGUUUUCAUUAUUAUUCACCUUUAUUUAGUAAUUUUAGUUCAAUAUUUAAACUAUCUGUUUAACUUGAAAUCAAAGACUGUUACGCAUAAUGACCUCCUAUACCCAAAUAUGUCGAGCUUGUUUAUCUUUUAACGUUUCAUUCAAUUACAUUUUAGCAGAAAACGUUUCUACUGAAAUUUACUGUUUUUGUACAUCAAUAGAGGUGCAGCAAGACAACCUUCCAAUGACACUGUGUGAUGCUUGCUAUGAUCUUCUCAUCAAGUGCUCAGAAUUCAAAAGAACUUGCUUAGAAUCUCAUAAUGCGUUACUUCAUUUGAGCUGUAAUGCCAGAAAAAUACCUGUUGAUGAAAAACUGUUUGACCAACUUGCACACCACAGAGGUCCCGAUGAGUUAAAUGUGAAAACAGAACAUUUUGUCAAUUUUAAUGAUGAAGAUACGGCAGUCAAAGCCGAGAACACGUCGGACCACUAUGACGAUCUAUUUGAAGCUGUAAACUUAUGUGAAAGCUCAAUAAUAAAUGAGAAGAAAAUAAAAAAAAGGAAAUUGAGUAAAGUGAGAAAACAGAAGAGACCAAAGAUUAAGUUGAAAAUACCCAGGAAACAUUUUGCAUUUGCAUGUGACAUUUGUAACAAGAAGUUCAAUUAUCAGGAAAGAUUGGAUGCACAUAAACUAGAGCAUGACGGAAAAGUGGCAAUAAUUCACUGUCCUGAGUGCAAUAAGACAUUCAUGACGUGGAGUGGACUGAAACGGCACAAUGAGAGUGAACACACACAGGUUAGCUUAGACAAAUUAAAAUGUAAUGUCUGUGGCAAGGUCUGCAAAAGUCAACAAACUUUAAAGACGCAUGGGAAAACCCACGGGGACAGGAAAUUGUUUGUUUGCGACAUUUGUGGAAAGGGAUUCACGUCAAAGUUUAUUUUGAAGGCUCAUAUCGACACUCACAGAGAGAACAGAGAAAGAAAUUUUACUUGUGAACACUGUGGCAAAAAGUUUUACACAAAUACCAUUCUGCUCUCACACGUUUCCAAGCGGCAUUCUGGGCGGCGCUACAUUUGCCAUGUCUGCAGCUACCCAUUCACUGAUAAAUAUAAUUUGGCCAAGCAUUUGUUGAUACAUGACGGAAAGAAAUUGUUUAAGUGCGAAAUUUGUAACAAAUCAUAUGCUACGCAAGCCUCGUUGGUGGAGCACAAAAGAAUACAUUCCGGUGAGAGACCAUACAUGUGUAGCUACUGUUCAAAGAGCUUCUUGUCAAAGCGACGGCUGGAUGACCAUCAUAGGGUGCACACUGGAGAACGCCCAUAUAAAUGUACUGUUUGUGAGCAAGGAUUCACUCAAAGAGGAUCAUUGAAUCGACACAUGAAAGUGCAUGAUAGAACAAUACCAGUUAUCAGUGAAUGAAUUAUAUUAUUAAACAGUAAAUUAAGUUUUUGAGUUUUUGUAAUAA